AUGGACCUCAACUCGCUAUCAGCAUGGAGCAUCCUGCUCACACAAUGGCUUCUCGUCCAGCUCCUGACAGGAUGGACAAUCGCCUUCACACAGCCAUACUCCAAACUUAGACCGGCUGUCACUGUACUUGUCAUCGCACUCGCCUACUCCUUCCAGACUCAAGUCCGCCAGACCUUCGCCGAGACUCGCGCGCGAGGACCCCUAGCCGCCAUGUGCUGGGUCAAUGUGCUCAACGCGAUCGACCUGUUAAUGUUGAGCCGGGUCUCGUUCGACGAGCAGAUCGCAUGGAAGACGAAACUCAGUCAAAGCAAGACUGCAGACAGUAGCUACUCGAGAAGACUCGUCUGGUCCAUCGAAAUGGCCUUCAACUACCGUCGCGUCAACACCCCGUGGCAGAUCCGCGCUGUCUCCGCGUUCGACAAGUACAACCCGGGCUUCGUCCCGGACAAGGUGGAGUUCCUGCGUCAGUGUGCGCUCAGAGUAUGCGGGUCGCUGCUUGUGCUGCAUUUCUGCACUAUCGAUGCGGGGGAUGCUCUUCUUGCGGGAAUGGUUUCCGAGAUCUCAGACUCCAAGAAGGUGUUACUCCCUACGUGGGAGGAAUGGACUGCGCGCCGCGCGAUCGUCCAGAUGCUAUUCACCGUUUCUUUUGGGCUCAUCACGCGAGCGGCUAUACUGGGAACGUAUAGCCUCCUCGCGAUGUUCUGCGUCGCGGUGGGCGCGUACGAGCCCGUCGACUGGCCGCCGGUUUUCGGCAACUUGGGCGAUAUGUACUCGUUGACGCGGGUCUGGGGGUGA